AUGCCAGCUACGCCACCGGCGCUCACUUCUGCAAAUGCGGGGCACUUGUUGCCGGUGAUCUUGUUACUAGACCUUCGAAAAGCCAGUACAGUUCUGGGGGGCAGGGGUGUAGUGGCGUUCGAAAAAAUCGUCGGGAAACCUGAUGGGGUGGAAGAACUAAGCUUGGUCGAAGUAGGCAAACCGUUGGUCUUGUUGUCUGACGCAACGGACGGAGAUCCGGAUGAUAUAUGGAGUGCAGAUGUGACGUUGGCGCUGAUGGUGGGGAAUCCAGAUGGGCUUGAUGUGAUAUUUGCACUGGCGCUCGAGAUCCCAGAUGGGGUGGAACCUUGGAAUCCGGAUCGAUCCGAAACGCUGGGGAGAGGGAAGGAGGGGACGGUAGGUGUUGAACCGUUAGAUGAGAUUGUAGGUAGCCCCGAGGGAAUAGAUGCGGCUAAUCCGGAAGAUGUACCUAUAGCUGUGCUGUUCGAAGAAAUCUUAGAAAGUCCAGACGAGGGUGAUCCGCUAGACGAGGUACUGUUGGACGAGAUUGUGCGCAGUCCAGAUGAAGCCGAGAUGGUGGGGACUCCCGUCAACGAACUGUUAGAAGACAUCGUGGGCAAUCCGGAAGCUGCAGUGGUGGAUAUAGCGGGUAUUACAGAUGGGGCUGAACUGCUGGCAAGUCCGGUCGACGAAAUGUUUAAAGAGAGGGUAUGGGACCCGGAGGGGGCAAUAGAACUCUGGAGUCCAGAUCGAUUCGCACUCGGCUGGGUGAAAGGAGGCACCGUAGGAGAAGAGCUAUUGACAGAAGUCGUAGGGAUUCCAGACGGAGCGGAAGAGGCACCACUAUGA